UAUUAAUUUUAACUGUCUAUUUUAUUACAAAGGCCAAAAGUUCACAUGGUUUGGUUUGCAGUAGAAAUCGAUAAGGGAGCCGUAAAUAACUAAACAACUCCUUAAUUCCCUCAUUCCCCCCACACAGUCACAUUACUGUUAACAUACGCUGUCAUAAAAUACACCGUCAAUCCUAUUUUAACCCUGUGGUGUUCUGAGGUUUAUUGCGCAGAGUCUAUAAAACUGUGCUACCUGUGUACCAGGCCUUCAGAGUCAGUUCCAUCUGUCUCGAGGAGUGUGUGUGUGUGUGUGUGUGUGUGUGUGUGUCUCUGUUCUAAAGGAUAAUCUUUAAGGACUAGAAGCCAACCACAUAGCCGUCAUCAUGGAGGACAAAGAGCAUGGAAAAGAGAAGAAGACCAGGAAAAGUCCGGAGUGCUGUGGUUAUCCGAUAAGCAUAUUUUUCAUUGUGGUGAAUGAGUUCUGUGAGAGAUUCUCCUACUAUGGCAUGAGAGCUGUGUUGGUGCUGUACUUCAGAUAUUUCCUCCGCUGGGAUGAUGAUUUGGCCACCACCAUCUACCACACAUUUGUGGCUCUGUGCUACCUAACGCCCAUCCUGGGGGCCGUCAUUGCUGACUCAUGGCUGGGCAAGUUCAAGACAAUCGUGUCCCUGUCCGUAGUGUACUGUAUUGGCCAGGUGGUCAUGGCCGUCAGCUCCAUCCAUGACAUCACGGACACCGAUAGAGAUGGCACACCUGACAACUUGUCCUUACAUAUUGCUUUGUCCAUGGUGGGACUCCUUCUUAUUGCCUUGGGAACAGGCGGUAUUAAACCAUGUGUGGCUGCGUUUGGAGGAGAUCAGUUUGAAGAUCAUCAGGAAAAACAAAGGAGCACUUUCUUCUCCAUAUUUUAUCUGUCUAUCAACGCCGGCAGUCUUCUCUCCACGCUCAUCACUCCCAUUCUGAGAUCUCAGGAGUGCGGUAUCCACACAAAGCAGCAAUGUUACCCGCUGGCUUUCGGCGUCCCGGCAGCUCUCAUGGUGGUCGCCCUCAUUGUGUUUAUCGUAGGCAAAGGCAUGUACGUUAUGGACACCCCUAAAGGCAACGUCCUGCUGCAAGUCAUGAAAUGCAUUGGAUUUGCAAUUAAGAACCGUUUCAAAAAACGUGGUAAGCAGUAUCCAAAGAGAGAGCACUGGAUGGACUGGGCCGAAGAUAAAUAUGAUAAACUUCUGAUCGCUCAAGUGAAGAUGGUAUUAAAGGUGAUGUUCCUCUAUAUCCCUCUGCCAAUGUUCUGGGCUUUAUUUGAUCAGCAGGGCUCCCGCUGGACUCUCCAGGCUACCACUAUGAAUGGCAACUUUGGAGCAUUUAAUAUUGAACCGGAUCAGAUGCAGAUUGUCAACCCCAUUCUGAUUGUUAUUAUGGUGCCCAUCAUGGACAAUCUAGUCUAUCCACUUAUCAAAAAGUGCCACGUUAACUUAACGCCUCUACGGAGGAUAACCAUUGGUAUGCUGCUGGCUGCAUUAGCAUUCGUGGCUGCCGCCCUUCUGCAGAUUCAAAUCGAUAAAACAUUGCCUAAGUUCCCCUCCAGCUCCCAAUCCCAAGUAAAGUUCCUGAACUUGGAGAGCAGAGAUCUGGCUGUUUCUGUGUCUGGACAACAGCCAUUUAAUGUACUUGCUUUUGAGGCUUCGGGCGAUUAUUUGACAUUUGACGGUGACAGCUUUACAGUGUCAGUUGCGGGAGGAAACCCUGUUAUGACUAAUUUCUUGAAAGGAGCGAGACAAACGGUUUUAUUUAAUGCUGCAGGUAUCCUAGAAACUCUUCAAGACUUAAAACAGAAACCAGAGCAAGGCGUUAAUGACAUCAAGUUUGUGAAUGGCUUUAGAUCACCGCUAAACAUCUCAACGAAGUCUCAAACAUUGGGUUUCAUCGCUCCGUUGAAAGUAUCAAACAACACAAGCGUUCGCCAGGGCAAAACUGACUUCAGUAUUGCGAACGCGGCAGGAGAGAUGUGCAGUUACACCAUGCAGCUCGGCUUCGGUAGUUCCUACACGGUCCUGAUCCCCAGCAACUUCAGUUUUGGCACAAACUGUGGCGAGAACAUUAAGGAAACAGAGAAUAUCGAGCCAAACACUGUCCACAUGGCCUGGCAGGUCAUUCAGUACUUUCUGAUGACCUGCGGAGAAGUGAUGUUCUCCGUCACUGGAUUGGACUUUUCUUAUGCACAGGCUCCAAGCAACAUGAAGUCUGUCCUCCAGGCGGGUUGGCUGUUGACCGUAGCCGUGGGCAACGUUAUUGUGCUCAUCGUAGCCGAGGCAGGCACACUUCGGGACCAGUGGGCAGAAUACGUACUAUUCGCUUCGCUCCUAGUGGCCGUGAGCAUAAUCUUCUCCAUCAUGGCUUACUUCUACACCUACAUAGACCCGGCAGAGAUCGAGGCUAAAUUUAUAGAGCACGAGCCAGAAGACAAGGAAAAGAAAGAUAUUGAGAUGACAAAGAGAGAUUCGGUUUCAUCAGAGGUCAAACAGACGAAGAUCUAAACGCAUCACUUCGUCAUCCUCCAGCUUACAAGUGUUUGUGUCUAAUGUCUUUAACUACUGAUCCGAGAACUGAUUCGCCCUUUUCUUAUCCUGGUUUGGCUUGGGAUUCAUCAUAGUAGAAUUUCCAAGAAAUGGCCAAUUCUGCCUACAAUGUGCUGGAGGAUGACCGCUAUGGUCAGUAGACUAUCAGAUGUGUGUUGGUGCCCUUAAAGGUGGGUUGUAUUUAUUAGUGUGUUAUGUUACUAUCAAUUAAGAGUAAAGAAAAGAGUGUUCUUCUGGGUGGUGGACUAGCAAAGCAAUGCAAAUAACCACCGCUGUGGAAAACCAUGAGACUGAACCUCCUGUUGUGUUGUUCACCCAAAACUAAAUAAAUCUGUAAUUUAUUCAUCCUCAUGUUGUUCAAAACAUGUAUAUGACUUUUUUCUGUGGAACACAAAAAAUGUAUAUUUUGAGAAAUGUCUCUGUGGUUGUGUGGCCAUACAAUGCAUGUCAAUGGGGGCCAGUGUUGGUUACCAACAUUAAAAAAAAAAUCUUCUUUUGUGUUCUCCAAAAGAAAGAAUCAUAUAGUUUUAGAACUACUUUUUUUAUGAAUAGAUAUUGAUCUUUAAGUAGCUGUAUUAAAGGGAAUUCAUUUUUGCACCUUUGUAGAUAAUGGUGUUAUUUUAUGGAGUGACUACAAAUAACCACUUAAACAUUUGCAUUCAGUGUUUUUGGGAAAUAUGUAUUUCUAGAUUUUUUACAUGAUGUCGACUUGUAAAUGGCUUUUAAACGACAACAGCUUCAAUAAGAAUGCAUGAAAUGAAAGAAUCAGCUUUUGAUGAAGUGCUUCAAUAAAGUAUACCUCUACCAUAAAUUCUGAAUUUCAAUACGAUUGAGUUUUGGGAGUGAAUCAAUAAGAAAGCCGAGACUGUUGGUAGGAUCUUAAUUCUUAUUUAUGAGUAAAACCCUUUAAUUUCUUAUUAAAAUUAACAGAUCACCCCCAAAAAUGUACAUUUGAUAAAAAGGCAAGGCAUUUCAGUAAUGGCCAUUUCAUGAUUUUUAAAUAUUUACCUUUCUUUUGUUUCUAACAAUAUCUGCAGAAGCUCUUGGCCGUCUGUACACAGUGAUUCGUUUGCAAAAAUCCAUCAUCUCUUUUAAAGGUCUGUAAAACUGAGACUAUAUACACAGAUCUGUACACAAAUCCAAACAGCGCCCUCUGUCUUUCUGGAUGACUACUCUGCUCGCGGCAGAUUACCUGAGAUUUCAGCACGAGAACUGCAAUCUCCUUCACGCCAGGGCUUGAAAACACACGCACCGACAGACAUACAUCUUCACACAUGCAUUUUGUCAUGCACACUAUCUUGUUAAAGAUGAGACAAACGACCCAUCUCGCUGCCCUGUGAUGGCAUACGCCUAAUGCAUUCUUCCAAAAGCUCGGGUGCCAUGAUGCAAAACUAUCAGUCUCCGACUCAUUCUGUGCUUCGCCAAAUGAGUUACAUCUAUGUUUCGACCUAUGCUGUCUUCAUUAGAAACACACUAUGACACAUACACCCGCUCACUCCAGAGAGUGUUCCAGGAGAUUAUAAAAGAAAAGUGAAACUAGGGGAAGCUUGAGGAGUUUGAUAAGUUCUCUUGAUAAGCUAUUGAAGGACAGUUGGUCCUCCAGGGUAGACGUCACAGAGUCUGCUGGUGUAAGGAUUCGCUGAGCUGAUGCCGGGGGGCGGGACCAAAGAGAGACGGACAGGCUAAUGGAAUAAUCACUGGUGCGAGGAGGAGGAUGUUCUUGCC